AUGUCCACCUUCUUUGACGAACAAAAAAAAUCAUUCGUUGACGUCCCAGUCACCGACGGUAAAAUCUCCACAGCUGAAUUCCUUGAUGCUUCAGAAUCAUUGAUCAAAUUAUUUGAUUUAUUAGGUUCCACUGCAUUCACUGUUGUUAAGAAUGAUUUACAAGGUAAUGUCACAAAAGUUCGUACUCGUUUAUUGGAAACACCUGAUAAAUCAGCCACUUUACAAGAUUUAGUAUUGAAUGAAAUUGCUGAGAAAAAAUCCAAAACUGCUACCCAAGGUUUAUUAUGGUUAUCAAGAGGUUUACAAUUCACUGCUCAAGCCAUGAGCGAAACUGUUGAUAAUAAAGAUAAAGAAUUGAAGAAAACUUUCACUGAUGCUUAUAAUAAAACUUUGGUUAAAUAUCAUUCAUUUGUUGUUAAACCAAUCUUUAAAUUAGCAAUGAAUGCAUGUCCUUAUAGAAAAGAUUUUUUUGAAAAAUUGGGCCAAGAUCAAGAAAAAGUCUUGAAACAAUUGAUUGAAUGGUUAGAAGCGUUAGAAAGUAUUGUUAAAAUCAUUUUUGAAUUUUUCGAAAGUGGUAACUAUGGUAAAGGUUUAUAG